UCUAUAGUAUGAAACAAAUGUGAUUAUAUCUAUCUUUUGUAUGGGGGAUAAAAUGCUGGCAGUUUGUGUAUAUAUUAAGUGUUUUUGUAAUUAGAAAAUAAAGAAUUCGUCAGUCGUACACGCGCGGAACGGCGGCGUUUGGUUAAGUCGGGGAAACAUUUUUUCGCGUGAGCGGAAGGAAGAGCAACGUUGAGGAGAAGAAUGGAGGAAUCGCGGGAUAUGCUCAUGAAGACGCUGGAGAAAUCCGGUGUUUCCAUUCCCGGAGACGUUUCUUCGAUCGGCGAAUUUUCUCCGGAUGCUUUGGUUUUGAUAUGCGCUCAGUUGCUCAACCUCCUUGACCGUACCUCGUUGUUCUCCACUGAACUCCCUGAUUCUGUGGCCGACAGGUUUAGGAUCUGCACCGACAUCGCCCUCGCCGUGAAGAAUCUCGGUUACAUCGGCGACAUCAGCUAUUACAAGUUCCUGUAUCCUUCAGAAGAGGACUCGUAUAAGUUGGUUAGAUUUUUGGCGGAGAGGCUUACCGAGACGAAUGUUGAAACAAAACCUUCUGACAUAAAUGUGGCUGGUAGUCCAAGAACUGUUGAAGAUAAUGUUGGAUAUACUUCAGAUGACAAGGCGAUGAAGGAUGACACUGAGACAUUUGAUAUGCAUAUACAGAAAGUUGAAGCUGUCCUAAAAGAUCUUAAACUGUCUGCUGAAACCUCUCUGUCAUUUGAGACUCGUGUGAGAGAUACCUUGUCCAAUUGGUCUGUUGACGAUGACCUCUCCUCGUGGAAGAUGGAUGAUCCGGGCAUAAGUGAGUCAUUGGACCUUUCUUUAAGACUGGCUUCUGGGAAUGAAGAAACCCGUUCUCCUUUGCAUGGUGACUGUAUUCUAGAGUCAACUAACGAUAUAACUUCUGAUGAUUCCUCUUCCAAGGUAAGGUGUGAGACUGUGAAAUUACAGAACCAAGAGAAGCUACUUUUGGAGGAACUAAAGUCUGGAUCUUUAGAGCUGCAUAAUCUUGAUGAGGAGAUGGAAUUGUUGAAGGCGGCCACGGAGAGGUUAUUUGAUGCUAAACACCCCGUUGAAUUCUAUCUUGAAGAGCUAAGUCAACAAUUAUUAGCCAGAAGGAGUAAGAACAUAGAUACUCAAAGGCAAUGGGAUGAUGUAAGGCUCCGUUUGGAAACAAAGAAGCUAAGCCUCAUAAACCAUCUCUAUGCAGACAAGCCUGAAGCUCAAGAGAAACUCCAAAAGCUGGGAGAGAUUGAGCUGGAGAUAAAAUCUGUCUCUUCCGUAAAACAAAUGAGGGAAGAGGAGAGGUGUAAACUGCAUUCAGAACUUGAGAAGCAGCUGAAAGCGGCACCUCGAAAAUCAUAUAUCCAGAGGAUUAAAGAAAUAACAAAAAACAGCCGUAAGCUGGACUCCGACAUACAGAGGAUCUUGAAGGAAACUAGAGAGCUCCAAUUAGAGAGUAAUUCAAUCCAAGAACGUCUGCAUCGAGCAUAUGCUGUUGUUGAUGAAAUGGUUCUCAGGGAAGCGAAGAAGGACCCAUCAGUGCGACAGAUCUACAAACUACUUGCAAACAUCCAUGGUAUAUUUGAGCAAACAUCAGAGAAAAUCCUGGUUACUGAUAGGUUAGGAAGAGAAGCAGCCGAGCACGAGAAGAAGCUGCAAGCCAUCGCAGCACAAGGCAUGAGCCUGGAGAAAUUACAGGCUGAUCUCGAUGCCAUUAAGAGAGAAAAUGAACUCCUCGAAAAUGAACUAAACCAAGUUUGAUUGAAUCAUUGUGAUCGAGCCCCGAAUCAAUAUAGCAAGACAAGAGUCUUCCCUUUUUUUUGAGUCUGACACAGAAAGAGAUAUGAAGAUGCAGAGACAUCAUUAGUUUGCCGAUUA